CUUCAACUCAUCUCAUCAUUUCGUGUCUUCUCGAGCCCUAUGUAUGUACACACACAGUCACACUCAUCAAUCGCAGUCCAAUUAGGUUUAAUUCACAACCUUGCAGUCAGGAAGCAGACAGAAUAGUCUCACUCAACUGAAGUAAAAGUUAAGAUAGAGAGAGAGAGAGAGAGAGAGAGAGAGCCAAGAAAGAUGGAAUCAAGAGUUGAAGAUAUCGUGAUUGUGGGAGCUGGGAUUGCUGGCCUCGCUACCUCCUUGGGACUUCACAGGCUAGGCGUCCGAAGUUUGGUUUUAGAAUCUUCAAAUACUUUGAGGACCUCAGGAUUUGCCCUCUCAAUAUGGACUAACGCUUGGAAAGCCUUAGAUGUUCUUGGCAUUGGUCACAUACUUCGCCAAGAACACCUCCAGCUUCUUGGAAAUGUCACUACUUCUUUGAUUACUGGGCAACAAACAUCAACAACGGCUUUUGUCAACGCCACAGGAAAACAUGGGGUUCAUGAAGUUCGUCGUGUUAGAAGGCAAUUACUAUUGGAAGUGCUCGCCAAUGAGCUUCCAAGUGGCACCAUUAGGUACUCUUCAAAGGUGGUAGCUAUUGAAGAAUCUGGCUUCACUAAACUCAUUCAUCUUGCUGAUGGAACUAUCAUCAGAACCAAGGUACUCAUUGGAUGUGAUGGAGUGAACUCAAUAGUAGCAAAGUGGCUUGGGUUGAACAAGGCUGCCUUCUCUGGCAGAUUUGGAAUUAGAGGGUGCAUUACAUUAAAGAAUAGUCACAAACUUGAACCUUUGUUUAUGCAGUUUUUUGGAAAGGGUUACAGAAAUGGUGUUAUGCCUUGUGAUGACAAGACAGUUCAUUGGUUCUUUAAUUGGACUCCUACAUGUCAAGAAAAGAAGCUAGAAGAGAACCCAGCUCAAAUGAAGCAAUUUGUGUUAGAGAAGCUAAAGAAUAUGCCAAGUGAUAUUAGAGCCUUUAUAGAAAAUACUGAUUUGGAUCAUUUCUUAUCAUCUCCAUUGAGAUAUAGACAUCCUUGGGAGCUAGUGUUUGGUAAUAUCAAUAAAAGCAAUGUGUGUGUUGCUGGAGAUGCAUUCCACCCUAUGACCCCUGAUCUUGGCCAAGGUGGUUGUUGUGCUUUAGAAGACGGGAUAGUUUUAGCUCGGUGUCUCGGCGAGGUCUUCUCCAUGAAAUCCAGCAGGGAUAUUAGAAAGAAGGAUAAUGAAGAAGAAGAAGAGGAACAAUAUAAGAAAAUUGAGAUGAGCUUGAAGAAAUAUGCUAAUGAGAGAAGAUGGAGAAGCAUUAUUAUCAUAUCUGCAGCUUAUAUGACUGGUGUUAUUCAGCAAGGUCAAUCCAAAUUGGUCUCCUUUUUUAGAGACAAAUUUUUUACUCCAAUUUUAGCUGGUUUUCUAUUAAAGGCGUCUGAUUUUGAUUGUGGAAAGCUGAGCAACUUUUAGACGAUGGCGUAAUUUAAAUCCUCUAAAAUUGAUGAUAUGUGAAGUUGUUGAAGUAGAACGCAAGGUACAAGUACUCUACAUUCACCUUCUCUUAGUAUGCAAGACCAUCUAUAGUUAACUUAGGGUUAAGGUACAAAAAUACUUGUAAAUUUUUUUUUAUGAGUUUCUAAUAUUUUUAACUCAGUAAUGAUGCAUGAUUAACUAUUAAUUUUAUAAAAGAGGUUAAUCUUAACAGUCAAUUUAGGCUAUUUUAACGGAUUGAGGAAGGUUGGUCUCUUUUAUAAAAUUAAUAGAUUUCCGUAUAUCAUUGUUGACUUCAAAAUAUUAGAAGUUCUUAAAGAAAAAGUUUAUAAACAUUUUUGCACAUUAAGCUUUGCAUUUAUAAUAUUGGUACUUUGCAUUCAUCUUCACCACCCUCACAUAUCUUUAAUUUUAGAGGACCUGAAUGGCCAAAAAUAACCUUUUCAGAGGAUCUAAAUUAUUGAAGGAGCCAACAAUAAUAGUGUUAAAAUAGUCGUCCAUUUCCUUGCUUAUGCAGUGGUUUGUUAUGUUUACUAAUGCAUAUUUUUUGAGAUCACAAAAUUAUAUAUAGAUGUAAUGCUGUUUUUCUCCAUUUUCUAGGCCUUAAUAAAGCAUUUUUCACUAUCCUUUUUUUGUCUUGAAUGUUGCAUUUAAAGAUUCUAUGUUGGUUAAUGGCCUAGAUCAUUAUUAUUGGAGUAUAAAAACUUGUAGAAAAUC